AUGGAGGGCGUUUAUACUUGCUUAAGAUGUGUGAGAGCACUGUCCGGCUCAAGCGGACGGCAGGCCGGCCCCAGAUACGCACGACAUAUACCUGGUAGCCGCAGCUUUGCUUCGAGCUCCGCCCUCUACCACACAUCCCUCAAGCCUGGCAACGCGACGACGACAGUCCCGUCACGAGGUCCCAAGCAAUCGUCGCGAGUCGUUUCUACCGCCGCAGCACCUGCUGAAGAACCUGACAACUUCGAGCGUCACAACAUCCCGCCGACCGAUUACGGCGAAUGGCGCGCCCAUGGACGGGUUGUCCUUCAACCAGACAACCUUUUCCACCCCUUCUCCAAGUCACCCAUCCCUGAGAUACGGCAGAGGGCACGGUUCAUGAAGCAGCAUGCGCUAUGCCCUCAUCCUGUACACCAGCAGACGAGAGUGCCGAUGUCCCCACACGAUCCUGAGGCUCGUAAGGUUAGCGGAGUCAGCUCUCAGCCACCCGCUCAUGUGUCUUUUGAGUGCCCCGACUGCGGUAUCGCGACCUAUUGCAGUGAAGAACACUGGGCAGACGACUUCGAAGCCCAUCUUGAAAUAUGCGAUACUUUGAGACAGAUCAAUGAAGAUGAUCACGACCUGCGCUCUGGAAGGUGGUUUCCAGAAUUCGAAUAUCCUGGCCCUCAGCUCGAUGAGAUCUUGGUGAACAUGACGAACUGGGAUACAUACUUUUACACCCGACAAUAUGAGGCAAUCAACGACGAGAGAAGCAUGCGCCAGGUCACCCGACUGCUGACAUACCCUCUGACGCUGGGAAGUGUGCUACACGAAUUAAGCCCAUAUAAUAUCAGGAAAGGUGGAAGGCUUACGCCAGAGGGGUUGAAGAGCUUGUCAGCUCUGCGGUAUACACUUCAUCCACCAAAGACUGGUCAAGGGCCUGGCAUCAAAGGCCUAAGACUGUCCAGCCCCCCAGUCAGGAUAUUCAUUCUGGGCGCCCGAGCCGAAUCCUCAUUGCCACGUGAAGUUUGGACUCAGCUAUCACAUCUCUUCCCGUUAUCCUCAAUCCACCUCAUUUUUAUUGGACCCGAAUCCAUGGCCAACCGAGACGCCGAAUUUCCGUUGCCAGAGCGGACACCAUCGAAUCCUUUUGGCGCGAUUGUCGAGGAUCGCGUGUCUUCCAAGAUGAAAAUCACCACCUACGUGGAAUACUUCCACACCCUACAUGAGGCCAAUUUGUUUUAUCCUUAUGAUCCUUACUUCGACUGUUUCAUGUUAUAUCAUCCUGGCCUAGGCCACCCAGCGUCGUCGAUUGAGUGGGAAAAGACCCUGCCGCAAUUACUGGAGACGAAGAUUCCGGUUAUAUGCACCGGCUAUACUGAGUGGGAUAUGAUGCGCGACUGGCAGUGGGUAAUGGAGAAGUGUUCUGGAGAGGUCGAUCUUCUUAUGGAGCCCGGGGAGAACCGCUUCCGGUCACUGAGAUGGGAUCUGAAUGAUCUGGAUCCUCAGGAUAUAAGUUGCGGAAACUGGGGUGUCUGGGCCUUCAGAGGGAAGAGGUAUGCUCUUACAUGA